CAAUGAACAAUGCUAUAAGAUGUGAAGAAAACUUAGAUCUUCAAAAUAGUUUUGAAAAAUAUAAGUAAUUUGAUAUUUAUGAAUAAUUGCAGGAAAAAUAAUCGACCCUCAUAAUAUCAGAAAGUUGACGAGAAUAUUAGAUAACAAAUUAUAGAUUAAGCUUGCAAUAUGGGAUAGCCAUUAAGAUAAGUAAAAUGACUUCUAAAUUUCAGAUAGCUCAAAACCUAGGAAUUAAAUAUUCAACUGCAAAAGCAAUUGUCUAGGUAUACUAAAAUGAAGGAAGAAUAGGAAAAAAACGAACAAGAGAUAAACGAAUUUUUUAAGAGAUUGAAACCUUCAUGAUAGUCGUUCACAAAUAAUCUGGGAAAAUAGAAAAGCUCAAACAUAAAUCUGAGUGCAGUGACUUAAAAACCAAUUAUAAAACAGCUAAAAUAAAGUAAAUACUUAUAUAUUAAGGUUAUUAGUCUUGAAGAAACUCAUUAUUCUUAAUUAGCUCAAUAUUUUGGAAAGUAUACUCUAUAUUAAGAAGAUGAGGCACAAAGUUCACAAAAUGAAACCUUACUGAACAUUGUUAAAAUAUUAAAUGAAUAAUACUAAUAAUUUUAGUAUGAUCCUUAACAAUGAU